UCUCCCUGCACACGGAGAGGCCAGAGCUGCUGCCCCCAGUCCCGUCAGGGGAGGGGAGGCCUUGGCGUCUCCACAAGUCACGUUCUCUGAUUCAGCAAGCCUCACGGCUCCAGCUAAAUCCUGGCCAGAGCUGGCUUGGCAGAGGUGACUUGUGCGUUACUUCACGUCCUACCCAGAAGGGGAGCGGGAAACCGAGGAUGAAAGGUGCCAGGUUCCUGGCUGCCUCCCUGCCAAUGGCUGAGAAGUUCUGGUGGGAAGGAACCAUGGAGGGCCCAUCCGGACAUUCUUCCACAGCAAAAACUGCCUCCUUUCAGGAUGCCGUGCGCAUGCUCAAUACCCUGCAGACCAAUGCCAGCUAUCUGGAGCAGGCGAAGCGCCAGCGGGGUGACCCCCAGACACAGCUGGAAGCCAUGGAACUGUAUCUGGCACGAAGCGGGCUGCAGGUGGAGGACCUGGAUCGGCUGAACAUCAUCCACGUCACUGGGACGAAGGGGAAGGGCUCCACCUGUGCCUUCACUGAAUGUAUCCUCCGAAGCUAUGGCCUGAAGACAGGAUUCUUUAGCUCUCCCCACCUGGUGCAGGUUCGGGAGCGGAUCCGCAUCAAUGGGCAGCCCAUCAGUCCUGACCUCUUCACCAAGUACUUCUGGCGCCUCUACCACCAGCUGGAGAAGACCAAGGAUGGCAGCUGUGUCUCCAUGCCCCCCUACUUUCGCUUCCUGACACUCAUGGCCUUCCACGUCUUCCUCCAAGAGAAGGUGGACCUGGCAGUGGUGGAGGUGGGCAUUGGUGGGGCUUAUGACUGCACCAACAUCAUCAGGAAGCCUGUCGUGUGCGGAGUCUCCUCUCUUGGCAUCGACCACACCAGCCUCCUGGGGGACACGGUGGAGAAGAUUGCAUGGCAGAAAGGGGGCAUCUUUAAGCAAGGUGUCCCUGCCUUCACUGUGCUGCAGCCUGAAGGUCCCCUGGCAGUGCUGAGGGACCGAGCCCAGCAGAUCUCAUGUCCUCUCUACCUGUGUCCGCCACUGGAGGCCCUGGAGGAAGGGGGGCUGCCGCUGACCUUGGGCCUGGAGGGGGAGCACCAGCGGUCCAAUGCCGCCUUGGCCUUGCAGCUGGCCCACUGCUGGCUGCAGAGGCAGAACCACCAUGAUGCUGGGGAGCUGAAGGCAUCCAGGCCAGGCCUCCUGUGGCAGCUGCCCCUGGCACCCGUGUUCCAGCCCACAUCCCACAUGCGGCUUGGGCUUCGAAACACGGAGUGGCUGGGCCGGACGCAGGUGCUGCGGCGCGGGCCCCUCACCUGGUACCUGGACGGCGCACACACCCCCAGCAGCGUGCAGGCCUGCGUCCGCUGGUUCCGCCAGGCGCUGCAGAGCCGCGAGAGGCUGAGCGGUGGGACCGAGGUUCGAGUCUUGCUCUUCAACACCACUGGGGACCGGGACUCGGCGGUCCUACUGAAGCUGCUGCAGCCCUGCCAGUUCGACUAUGCUGUCUUCUGCCCUAACCUGACAGAGGUGUCAUCCACAGGCAACGCAGACCAACAGAACUUCACAGUGACACUGGACCAGGUGUUGCUCCGCUGCCUGGAACACCAGCAGCACUGGAACUGCCUGGACGAGGAGCAGGCCAGCACGGCCCUCUGGAGCGCCCCCAGCCCGGAGCUUGCUGGGCCUGCACCCCUGCUGCUGGCGCCCCACCCACCCCACAGCAGCGCCAGCUCCCUUGUCUUCAGCUGCAUUUCACAUGCCUUGCAAUGGAUCAGCCAAGGUCGAGACCCCGUCUUCCAGACACCCAGUUCCCCAAAGAGCCUCCUCACCCACCCUGUGGCACGCAGUGGGGCUAGUGUACUCCAUGAGGCUGCUGCCGUCCACGUGCUGGUCACUGGCAGCCUGCACCUGGUGGGUGGUGUCCUGAAGCUGCUAGAGCCUGCACUGUCCCAGUAGUCAAGGCCCAGGGUUGGAGGCGGGAGCCCCCCCCAGAGCUGCCUGCAUUCUCCCCAUGAACUCACAUACUAGGUGCCUUUUGUUAACUGCUUUCCUGGUUCUGUCUAGACUGGCCUAGGGACCAGGGUUCUGGGAUGGGAGGCCAGGAGAGGACGUCCUCCGUGUUGAAGCUCUGUGCCUUGGCCUCUCCUCCUUCCCCUUCCUCCCGGCUGAGAUGGCGGAUGGCUGAGUUGGGGGCUCCCCAGCUCUCUCACUGUUCUAGUGGCCUGGCCACUCAGCCUGUCUUCCCCCACACCCUUCUGGCUCAGGCCCAGCUUAUUGUGUGUGCUGCUGGCCAGGCCCCGGGUCCUGCUGGGUGCUGGGUGGUAGAUUUCCUCCUCCCAGUGCCUUCUGGGAAGGGAGAGGGCCUCUGCCUGGGACAGCCUGGGACAGAGAGUGGCUGGAGUGAAUUAAAGCCUUUGUUUUUUUUAAAAAUG